GACCGACCAGUCAAAAAAAAAGUCGGGAAAAUUUCGGUGAAGUUCCCGACUCGGCCAAACUCAGUCUCCAUUUUCGGCGAUCAAGAGGGGGGUUUCAAAUCCUGAACUGGCGACCAACUCUGUCUUUGGAAAACGGGGAUCAAGGAAACAGAUUUGGAGCGGGUGAAGUGGUCACCUCUGUUUAUUUUGUUUCUUGUCUUCUUAACCCCUCUCCCUUCCCCCCUUCCUCCCUCCCUCCCCAUUCCGACACCCCCCACCCCCAUCAGUUGCCCACCCCACCCCCACCUCCUCCCAACUCCCCCUCCCCUUUCCCCGGGUCUGUGUGACAUGCCUUUAGACAUCAUGCAAGCGAGCCCGCGCAGUCUGCCUGUCUCUCCCGCAGGCAGCCUGGCCAGCAGCGAGGAGGAGGCGGACAGGCAGCAGAAGCGGUACGAUAGCAAGAGGAGGUACUGCAAGAAGGGCAGCGAGGACGGCAGCCCCAACCCCGGCAAGAGGAAUAAAAAAUCGAGCCCGAGCUCGCAGUCUUACGAAGAACUGCAGAGCCAGAGGAUUCUGGCGAACGUGAGGGAGCGCCAGAGAACGCAGUCGCUCAACGAGGCGUUUUCCUCCUUGAGGAAAAUCAUCCCCACCCUCCCCUCGGAUAAACUCAGCAAGAUCCAGACCCUCAAACUGGCCGCCAGGUACAUCGACUUCCUCUAUCAGGUCCUGCAGAGCGACGAGAUGGACCAGAAAAUGACGAGCUGCAGCUAUGUGGCCCACGAGAGACUGAGCUACGCUUUCUCCGUGUGGAGAAUGGAGGGCGCCUGGUCCAUGUCGGCUACCCAUUAGCGUCCAAAACGGCGUUUAAAGUCGUUAGAGCCCUCGAUGGGGCUGGAGUUCAGUGAGAAUCCUUCCCUUCCCUUCCUACAGACGGCCAGGAAGAAAUCUCAUCCACAUCUCAACCGAUACUCCCUGUGAACUCUCAGAAAGAGUCCUCCUAGACUGCACAGUAACUUGAAAGGUUCCAACAAUAACAAGCAAGAAGUGUUGCUUUUUCUACACGCAGAAAACAAAACAACAGACGUGAAACAUCGGCCGGCAGCGCGGGAUAAGUGUGCGGUCAAUCUCACGGUAGUGACAAUGUCUGCACUCAGGACGGUCGCUCGGAAUGGACGUGCUGGGAUCUUUCCACACUUUUAUGCUUUAGAAUUUCUAAAAAAAAAUAGUCGUUUUCUGAGGUUAAUCGUCGAGACAAUUUGGACCAAGACAGAUCGAGAAAAGCAAAAAUACGAGAGAGAGAGAGAUUAAAAUAUCGGCACUUCUGGUCACUGCAUGCUCGCCCUCAGUAACCCUGGAAUAUGCAAAGCUUCAUUCACACUGUUAGCCUUUCUCUAUCGCGUGUAAAUCUUGCUAGUUUAUUUAUUAAAGUUUUGCCACCGAAUGAGUGUGCGGGGUAAUUGUAUGUUACUUCCUCCAAGAGUUCUGACGAGUCAGAACUGGCCCUAUGUAAUCAUCAGGGAGAGAGAGAGAGAGGUGACGGUGGUGGUGGAAUAGGGUUUGCAUGAUUUUCAACAAAGUAAGUUACUCUCUCGGUUA